GAUUCCUCAUUUUUUGUGACUGUACUCACUCGCACAAACUCUUCUGCAACGUUUCCUUCCAAUGUUAAUUUGAUUAAGACCGAUUAUUCUGACACCAAAGCACUAGUUAAAGCUCUCAGUGGUCAAGACGUGGUGAUAUCAGCAGUAGGCGGUGAAGGUUUGGCAGUCAACUUUGAUUUAACUCUAGUCCAGGCAGCUCUUAAUGCAGGUGUGAAAUGGUUCAUUCCAUCCGAAUUCGGCAUCGAUACUAGUCAUUCUACUAUAGCAAAUAAUCCCGUUCUAGCUUCUAAAAGAGCUGUUGCUUAUUUUCUGAAAGAAAACCAAGCACGAAUCGCUCAUACAUUCAUCAUCACUGGCAUCUUCCUCGAUUGGGGUUUCGAAAAUGGUUUUCUUGGCUUUGAUAUCACCAACCGCAUAGCUACUCUAUAUGAUGAAGGAAAACAUCUGGUUUCUGGCACCACACUUCCUCAUAUUGGUCAAGCUGUAGUUGCUGUACUACAUCAUCCACAAGCUACUCAAAAUAAUCGUAUCUAUAUUGCUGACACCACAUUUACUCAACAAGAAGCACUAUUUCUGUUUGAGAAAUAUACAAAAAGUAAAUGGACGACAAAACAAGUUACAACGGAAAGUCUUCUGAAACAAGGGGCGGAGAGUUUUGCCAAGGGUGAUACAAUGACAGGCAUAAUUUCCUACCUAUUAAGUGCAAUAUAUAGUGGACAAGGAGCAAGCAACUUUGAAAACAAGACCAAUAAUGAGGCUCUAAAUUUGAAGACGAAGUCUUUGAGAAGAAUUGUCAAAAAAGCAGUCCUGAAAAAGAACUCUGCUAAUUAAAUUUUUCUUACUGCUUUUCCACAGAUUGUACAUUUUCCCGCAUAUUGGAUCUUCAAAAAUAAAACUCAUAAAUUCAUUCAGAUUAUCGACGUCUAUGACAAAUUUCUGCUGGUGUGGGUAUGGGUGUGGUUUCAACUUAUCUUAACCCACACCCAUGUAUCUAAUUUGCGAAUGUGUAAUGAGUAUAAAUUUAAACUGUUCACAAGAUAAGUAAAUUUUUAUCUGCAGCGAAGAAAAAGUGUGGAUAUGGCUUCCUCACAGAUGCACCCACAUCCAUAUCUUCAAAUAUAACAAAUAGAAUUAAUAAGAAAUUCAAUUAUCAAGUAAAAUGAAAGAUCUUAACGAAAACUUUGUUUAAAUACAACAUAUACAAAAUUAAAACAAACUAGUUUUAUAUUAUUUAGAAUCAUUCGAUAUAUGAAGAAUUAAAAUUAAAAUUUAAUAAUAAUCUCUUCAAAAAGCAAACAAAAUAUGUUUCUUUUUGAUUCUAAUGAAAAUGAUAAAAAAAAUUUAAAUUAAUCUAUUAUCUUCAUCUUUUUUUAUCAAAAGUGUGUAUUCAAAAACAUUUCAAAAAAAUCGAAAGUCAAUUGCAGCUUAAACGAUUUGUAAAGAGACAAUUACUGAGUAAAAAAUACUUUAGUUCAGAUGAUAUUUUCGUUUGCU